CGGACAAAUCCACGACAGUGACCAGGCACGAAAGGUACAAAGCGGAAGCGGCAAUGUCAUCAAUUUCAAUUCAAUGGCCACAAAGAAACAACGCCACCAAUCAAAAGGAAGUACGGAGAAGCGAUGAUGAUGGUGACAAAGCCCCAGCUACCCGUCCUGCUCCUGCUCCUCCUUCUCCACCAUGAAUUGAGGGCGAAAUCAAAAUAUCUCCCAACACUCUCCAGAUACCACCACCACUACAUCAGAGCAAGCAUAAAUCCCGCUUCGUUUCCACUCAAUCAUUCUCCACCAUGAGACUUCAGAGAGACGAAAGCAGCAGCAAGCAAAGACGGAGUGGAGCUUCCCCCGCCGCCGCUGCCGCUGCGUCUUCGUCAUCGGCGGCGAGCAACAUGAAGACGAUCAACGAUGCCAAGAAGGGGAAAGCAACCCUUGCCCAGUUCAGCGCGGACGCCGGCCUUCUCGCCGAAUUCGAGCGUUCCGGUAGGUCUAGCUCGUCGUUUAACUACUCUAAAUCAGUUCGUUUCCCUCCCCAGUCUGUUCCCGAGGAACAGAUUGCUAUUUACCUGUCCAAAAUCCAAAGGGGCGGUUUCAUUCAGCCGGUUGGCUGUAUGCUCGCCGUCGAAGAGGGGAGUUUUGGGAUCAUUGGGUACAGCGAGAACUGCUUUGAUUUGUUGGGUUUGGGUUCAAUUUCUGAAAUUGUGUCGAGAGGGAAAAUGGGUUUGAUUGGAACGGAUGCUAGGACCCUUUUCACGCCUCCUUCGGGAGCUUCAUUGGCCAGUGCUGCUGCUGCCAGAGAGCUUUCUUUUCUAAACCCUGUUUGGGUUUACUCCAGGGUUACAAACAAGCCCUUCUAUGCUGUACUGCACAGGGUAGAUGUUGGGAUUGUCAUUGAUCUAGAGCCUGCAAGGUCUAGUGAUCCUGCAUUCUCGAGGGCUGGUGCCGUUCAGUCUCAAAAACUUGCUGUUCAAGCAAUCUCAAGGUUACAGUCACUACCUGGUGGCGAUAUUGGUGUCUUAUGUGACACGGUUGUGGAGGAUGUGCAGAGGCUUACGGGGUUUGACAGGGUUAUGGUGUAUAAGUUCCACGAUGAUGAGCAUGGGGAGGUAGUUUCAGAGAUUAGAAGGGAGGAUUUAGAGCCCUACUUAGGGCUUCAUUACCCUGCAACAGAUAUCCCUCAAGCUGCACGCUUUUUGUUCAAGCAGAAUCGGGUUCGGAUGAUUUGUGAUUGCAAUGCCAAUCAAGUUAGGGUCAUUCAGAGUGAGGAGUUGAAGCAGCCUCUGCUGUUGUCCAAUUCUACUCUCCGCUCUCCACAUGGCUGCCACUCUCAGUACAUGGCCAAUAUGAGUUCUAUUGCUUCAUUAGUGUUGUCGGUUACCAUAAAUGGCAAUGAUUCAACCAAGCUUUGGGGAUUGGUUGUGUGCCACCACACUUCCCCUCGGUAUGUCCCUUUCCCACAGCGUUAUGCAUGUGAAUUUCUAAUGCAGGCAUUUGGCCUGCAGCUCUACAUGGAGCUUCAAUUGGCUGCACAAUUGCAGGAAAAGAAGGUUCUGAAAACACAAACUUUGUUAUGUGAUAUGCUUCUCCGUGAUGCGCCUCUUGGUAUUGUCACACAGUCUCCCAGCAUUAUAGAUCUGGUGAGAUGCGAAGGAGCGGCUCUGUUUUAUGGUGGAAAGUGUUGGUUGCUUGGUUUAACUCCAACGGAAUCACAGGUGAAAGAUAUUGUGAAAUGGCUGCUUGACAAUCAUGGUGAUUCCACAGGGUUGACCACGGACAGCUUAGCAGCUGCUGGAUACCCUGGUGCUGGUUUUCUUGGUGACGCAGUUUGUGGCAUGGCCGCUGCUAGCAUCACCUCUCAAGAUUUCUUGAUCUGGUUCAGAUCUCACACUGCAAAAGAGAUGAAAUGGGGCGGUGCAAAGCAUCAUCCGGAAGACAAGGACGAUGGUGGGAAGAUGCAUCCAAGGUCAUCGUUUAAAGCAUUUCUUGAAGUGGUGAAAAGCAGAAGUUUGCCAUGGGAGGUUUCAGAGAUUAAUGCUAUUCACUCAUUACAACUAAUAAUGAGAGAUGCUUUACAUGAAAUGGAGGAUAACGGUGCAAAGGUAAUGGUUUGUUCCAAGAACAUGGACACAGAGAUGGAGGAUAUAAAUGAAAUUAGUUCGGUGGCGAGUGAAAUGGUAAGGCUGAUUGAGACAGCUACAGCACCCAUUUUUGGGGUAGAUCUUGCUGGUUUAGUAAAUGGCUGGAAUGCCAAAGUUGCUGAUUUGACUGGAUUAAAACCCCAGGAAGCCAUGGGAAAAUCUCUUGUUCAUGAUAUUGUCCAUGAGGACUCGAGGGGUGAAAUUGAAAGCCUUCUAACCAAAGCUUUGCAAGGUGAAGAAGACAAAAAUGUGGAGUUAAAACUAAGGACGUUUGGGCCGCACCAAGAAAACUCGGUCAUAUUCAUAAUGGUUAAUGCUUGCACCAGCAGGGACUACACAAACAACAUCAUAGGUGUUUGCUUUGUGGGUCAGGACAUUACUCACGAAAAGAUUGUUAAAGAGAAAUUCAUUCGCCUAGAAGGGGAUUACAAGGCGAUCAUUCAUAGUCUUAAUCCCUUAAUUCCACCAAUAUUUGCUUCUGAUGAGAACGCUUGUUGUUCCGAGUGGAAUAGCGCCAUACAAAAGCUGACAGGUUGGAGCAGAGAGGAGGUCAUAGGUAAGGUGCUUCCGGGUGAGAUCUUUGGAGGUCUAUGCCAGCUGAGAGGUCAAGAUAGUUUGACCAAGUUCAUGAUUCUGCUCUAUAAGGGAAUUAGUGGUCGAGACACUGAGAAGCUUCAACUUGGGUUUUCCGAUAGAGAUGGGAAUUUUAAGGAUGUGGUCAUAACAGCCAACAGAAGGAGUAAUGCACAAGGCGACAUAAUUGGCUGUUUCUGCUUCUUGCAGAUUGUGGAUCCUGGGGCUGAACAACAUCCUAUAGAAGUUCAUAGACAAGACGACGAGCAUAAGCUGACAGAGUUGGCUUACAUACGACAGCAAAUGAUGAAUCCACUGAGUGGCAUUCGAUUCACUCACAUGCUUCUCGAGACUACAGCAACAUCAGAAUAUCAGAAACAGUUCCUUGAAACCAGUGAUGCAUGUGGAAGGCAGAUCAUGGCCAUUAUCAAGGAUGCAGAACUUGGGAGACUAGAACAAGGCAAAGUGGAGCUCUGUGUGGAAGAGUUCGUCCUGGGAAAUGUCUUGGAUGCCAUAGUUAGCCAAGCCAUGAUCUCUGUAAUGGAAAAGCAAAUCCAGCUGCUACAUGAAGUUCCCGAGGAAGCGAAGACACUUACUCUGUAUGGUGAUCAAAUAAGGCUUCAGCUCGUGCUGUCAAAUUUCUUGCUGAGCAUUGUUCAUCAUACACCUUCGUCAAAUGGAUGGGUAGAGAUCAAGGUCGCGCCUGGUUUGAAGCUGAUACAAGAUGGCAAUGAGUGCAUCCGUUUACAGUUCAGAAUGACACACCCUGGUGCCGGCCUGCCUAGUGCUCUCGUCCAAGACAUGGUCGAAGGCGAGAAACGAUGGGCAACUCCGGAAGGUCUUGGGCUUAGUCUUUCGAGGAAGUUGAUCAAUAUGAUGAAUGGUCGUGUGAGAUAUAAUAGAGAGCAAAAUAAAUGUUGUUUCCUCAUUGAUCUUGAGUUCAGAACUAAGGAGGGAUAGCAGAUAGGGUUGGUGCCCAAUUACUAAUGGGAAGAUAACCUGUAUGUAGCCAAAUAACCUCGAGUGUUGUGCGAUCCAUUUCUGUUGAGAAUUUGAUGAGUUAUUCCAACCAUUUUCUGUGUCGAGAGUUAUACUACUGACUUGUGUCUCCAAUAACAGAGCUCCAUAAAUUAAAUCCCAGAUA